AUGCAUGCUGGAGAGAAAACUGAUGAGCAUAAUAUAUCCAAGAAAUCACAGAGACAUCAUGAGCAUCUUAGUCAGCAUCCUAAGAUUCCAACUGAGGAACCUUUUGAGUAUAGUAGAAAAGGAAAAUCCUCCAACACAGUGCCAAUAAUUACAUGUAAGAACAUUCAUACAGGUGAGGCCACCUGUAAAUGUAGCAAAUAUUGUAAAGGCAGUGAUAAGUCAGCUGUCAUUGCCCAAGAGAUAACUCAGGUAGGGAAGAAAACUUUUCAAUGUGAUGUAUGUGGGAAAAUGUAUAAAAAGGCUAAACUUACUCAACAUCAGAUUAUACACACAGGAGAGAAACGUGAUAAUUAUAGUGAUUGUCAGACAUCUUUUAUUAAGAAAUCAUACCUUAUCUCAUAUCAGGGAACAUCUACAGGGAAGCAGUUUUAUCCAUGUAAUGAACAGGAGAAAUUUUUCUGUCAGAAGUCAGACUUUACUAUGCAUCGCAGAAUUCCCAUAGAGGAAAUGUUCUAUGGAUUUAUUAAGCGUGGCCAAAACUUUCAUGAGAAUUCAUUUCUCAACUGUCAUCAGGAAAUUCACACAAGUGAAAAAUCAUGUGAAUGUAAUGGAUGUAAAGAAUCUUUCUACCAUAACUCUACCCUUACUGUAUGUCAGAGAAUUCACGUGAGUGAGAAUCCAUAUGAAUGUGAAGAAAGUCAAAUUUUCUCCAGUAAGUCAAAACUCAAGAAACAUGAGAGAAUUCACAUUGUUGAGAAACCCUUUGACUAUAACACAUGUGGAAAAACAUUUCACCAGAAAUCAAACUUUAGCAAGCAUAAGAGAAUUUAUAAGGAAUGUGGGAAAGGUUUUAACCAAAAGUCAAACCAGAAGAGACAUCAGACAAUUCACACAGGUGAGUACCCAUAUGAAUAUAAAGAAUGUGGGAAAGCUUUUAUUCGAAAGUGGGCCCUCAAAAGGAAUCAGAGAAUUCACAAAGGUGAGACACUAUUUAAAUGUAAGGACUGUGGAAAAGGUUUUAACAAAAAGUCACACCUCAGCAGACAUCAGAGAAUUCACACAGGUGGGAAACCAUAUGAAUGUAAGGAAUGUGGAAAAGCUUUUCACCAAAAGUCAACCCUCAGCAGGCAUCAGAGAAUUCACACAGGUGAGAAAUCAUAUGAAUGUAAAGAAUGUGGAAAAGCUUUUUACCAAAUGUCACACCUCAGCAGGCAUCAGAGAAUUCACACAGGUGAGAAACCAUAUCAAUGUAAAGAGUGUGGAGAAGAUUUUAACCUAAAGUCAACCCUCAAUAUACAUCAGAGAAUUCACACAGGUGAGAAACCAUAUCAAUGUAAAGAAUGUGGAAAAGCUUUUAAACAAAAGGCAUCCUUCAGCUUGCAUCAGAGAAUUCACACAGGUGAGAAACCAUAUGAAUGCAAAGAAUGUGGAAAAACUUUUUACCAAAGGUUAACCCUCAGCCAACAUCAGAGAAUUCACACAGGUGAGAAACCAUAUGAAUGUAAAGAAUGUGGAAAAGCUUUUAACCAAAAGUCACAUCUCAGCAUGCAUCAGAGAAUACACACAGGUGAGAAACCAUAUGAAUGUAAAGAACGUGGAAAAGCUUUUAACUGAAAGUCAGACAUGAGCAUUCAUCAGAGGUUUCACACAGGUGAGAAACCACAUGAAUGUAAAGUCUGUGGAAAAGCUUUUAACCGAAAGUCAUACCUCAGCAGGCAUCAGACAGUU